AUGAAUGAUAGUAUUUCUAAAGAGAAUGAUAUUACAAUAUUAACUCAAUCAACUAAUAAAUUUGCAUCACCUAAAAAAAUGACUACAAAUUCAACAAUUAUAAAUUCACAAUCUCUAUAUAAUCAAGAAGAAUUUAAAUCACUAGAAAGGAACUUUGCAGAUAUAGUUUUAAUUAAUAAAUCAUUAAAGAAUGAGAUAGUGAGAUUAGAACAUGAAUUAAGUUUAAAAAUCUCUCAAAUUGAAAUGAAUAGAGAUAAAUUACAAUUUUAUGAACAAACUAUCAAAGGAAUAGAAGAGGAAAAUCUACAAAGGGAGGAAUUAUUGAAAAAAGAGAUAAUUUCUUAUAAAUCACUAGUGAAAUCAUUAGAAAAUGAAAUAAUCAGUCUAAAUUCAAUUAAGCCUGAACCCACGGAACACUACCACGAGUUAUAUGUCAAAUAUGAAAAAUUACUACGAGAUUAUAAAAUACUCACAAAUCAAUUUGAAUUGGAAAAGAAUCAAAAAUUGAUAUAUUUAGAUCAACUUGAAUUCCUAAGCCUGAAAAAUGAAGAAUUGAUAAAAGAAAAAGAAAGUAAUACGAGCGGUGAAUCUUCAGCUGCUGAUUUUAUAACUGAAAUAACUCAUGCUACAAAUCACACGAUGAAUGAAUUAACAGAUGAAGAGGAUUCAUUUGAUUUAUUAGAUCAAUCAUCACCAAUUAAACAAACUCCAAAUUUCCAAUUCCCACCUUCUCCUGAUCCGGAAUCAAGAGAUAAACGACAAUCACUCCCUACUCAAUUAAAAAGAAUGAGUCUAGUAGAUAAUGAAUUUGUAUUAAGUCCUUUUAAAUUAACUCCGACUCAAGAACAAGAAGAUAAAUUUAAUAAUUCGAAUUCAACUAUAAAACGUUAUUCAUCAUCAAAACCAACGCAUUCAAGAUAUAAUUCUCAUGAUAUAAUUCCAAUAAAAGUUGAAUUUGAAAAAGAAAAUGGGAAAAGAAGUGUAUCAAAUAAAGAAGAUUAUAGAAAUGAGACUCUUUUUGCAUUGAAUGGAUAUGAAGAAGAUCCAGAUUAUUCUAGAAAUUUUUCAAUUGAAACAACUGGUAAUUCAAAUAGAUCUUCUGGAAUUUAUGAUAAAUCAACACGACAAGAGAUUACAAAAUUGAAAUUUGAAUUACAGAGUUUAAAACUUCAUAAUGAGAAAUUAUUAUCAUAUAUUGGAUUUGAAUUACAAAAACAGAAAAAGAACAUAAAGAGAUUAACUAAAAAACAAUCAGAGAUAAGUUUGGGAAGUAAGGUUGAGUAUUCCGAUGCUAAAUUGAUUGCAAAUUCAAAAGAUAUGUUAAUUAAUAAAAAAAGAGUGUUACGUUCUGUUAGUAUCAAUACGAUACUAGAUAAGAAAAAUAUAAAUUCAAUUGGAUUAAGACAUGACAACUAUGAUGGAGAUGAUGAGGAAAUAUCAUCAGAUGAUAAAAUGAUUAAAAAAUAUGCAUCACAAGUAUUUAGAAAGCAUAAUUUUGAUAAUGAUUCAGAUUUUGAAGAUUGGGCGGAAGAAGAAAUUGAAGAUAUUGAAGAAGAAGAGGAAAUUGAAUCUAGUAGUUCUAGUUCUGAGGAAGAGCUCGGUGUUUUCAAUCAUUUGAAACAUAUAGUAAUGGGUAAAAAAGAAAAGAAGAGAAAACUUUCUGAUGAAUUAGUUGAUGAUGGUUUAAAGUUUAAGUUUUUGACUAUUGCUUUAGGUAUAAUUAUUAUUUCAUUUAGGUUGACUCCUCAUGCAAUAACGAAUACGAAUAAUUAA